AUGAAAAAGUUUAACAAGAGCAUCACAAUCUGUUUUGUUGACUUUUGCAAAACAUUUGAUUCCAUCAGCAGAGAUCUUAUGUUUAAAAUCCUUGCACUCUAUGGUAUUCCUCCCAGAAUUGUUGGUGCUAUUAGAGCACAGUACACAAACACCACUGCCACAGUUAUAUCUCCUGAUAGAGAGGCUCAUUUCUUUGAAGCUGAAGCAGGUGUUCUGCAGAGUGACACACUCUCUCUUUUCUUGUUCAUCAUUGUUCUCAACUAUGCCCUACAAAUUUCUCUAGAUGGUAUGGAGGAAAAGGAACUCCUUUUGAAACCUCGCCAGAGCAGUCAACAUUGCGCACAAUAUGUAACUGAUCUUGACUUUGCUGACGAUCUUGCCUUGAUAUCCCAUUGUAUUAAAGAUGCAGAAUCUUUGUUACAAGCACUGGAGAAAGCAGCAAACCAGGUCGGCCUUUACUGCAAUGAGAAUAAGACAGAGUUUAUCACAACCUCCUCCAAGUUAACUGAACUUAAAUCGCUCAAUAAUAUAUCAAUCAAAAACGUUGACGACUUCAAAUAUCUUGGAUCAUACAUAGUAGACUCCCAAAAAGACUUUCACAUCUGCAAAGCUCUUGCUUGGGAUCCAUUUUUAUUAGAAGCUUAUUUAACAAACAGACAUUUAGAAGUGUCUUUUUAG